CUCCUAAGGUUGUCCCUCCUCCAACCAACGAUGGGUGUUUCUGAUCCCACCUUAGCUCAGCAAGAAAACGAGUCUGUGCCGCCCAAUUCCGACCCGGUUUCACAGGCGGCGAGUCCAAGGGCGGAGAUCGACACCUCCGCCCCAUUUGAGUCCGUGAAGGAGGCCGCCACCCGAUUCGGCGGCUUCGGCUUCUGGAGACCCGCCUCCCUCAAACCCUCUUCCUCCCCCUCAUUCCAGGAGUUUGACGCGGCUAAAAUGGAGGAAGAAGCCGCCCAAUUGGAAAUGGAUCUCGCUGCAAAAGAAACAGAGACACUCAAUGUCCUAAGGGAAUUAGAAACCACCAAAGUCAUUUUGGAAGAACUCGAGCAGAAGUUGCAGGAAGGCGGAAACAGUGGCGGCGAAUCUCCGGGCUCAUCGGAGUCCAAACGCAGCCUGGGAAACGAACUAGCGGGCGUCCGGGCGGCCAUUGAAUCUUGCAAGGAGAAAGUAGAGGAAGAGAGGUUCCGGCUGGAAGAGACCGGGCAGAGGCUGUUUUCGAAAUCCUCUAAAGCUUCUUCUCUGGAGGAAGAGCUGAAGGAGACGAAGACGAAACAGGCGGCGGCGAGGAGGGUGAAGAGGGCGGAGGAGGAGCUGAGGGAGAGCAAGAAGGCGCUGGAAGAGGCGGCGAGCAGAGUGGAGGGAUGGUUCCGAUGAUAUAUAUUGAUUAUCAAUGUCCCCAAUGUAUGUCUCUCUUUGUAAAAUGAAUUCUAAGUUUGUAUAAUGGAGAAUGGAUAAAAAAAAUGUAUGGUGGGGAGAGAGUUUUGUGUGCAAAAUGGUUAAUGAAUCUAUAAAGUUAUG